AUGUCUUCUUUAAGACUUACUGACAGCAUUGGACUCCCAGUAUGCAUCGAAAUGUGCAUAAGGGCUCUACAAAUGGAGUCAGAUGAUGGAAACACCAAGGCCACGGUGUGUAAAACGAUUUCCUGUUUGCUUCCUACUGACUUAGAAGUCAAGCGAGCCUGUCAGCUGACAGAGUUCCUCCUGGAGCCCACAGUGGAUUCAUAUUACGCCGUUGAGACUCUUUACAAUGAACCAGAUCAAAAACUAGAGGAGGAAUAUAUGCCCAUUCCCAACUCACUACGCUGUGAACUCCUACUGGUUUUUAAAACCCAGUGGCCUUUUGACCCAGAGUUUUGGGACUGGAAAGCACUGAAGCGUCAUUGUCUUGCUCUAAUGGGUGAAGAAGCUUCAAUUGUGUCAUCAAUUGACUUGCUGAAUGAUACAGAGAGCCCAGAAGAAGAAGAUUUUCUCAGUCAGGAGUUGUUUAAGAAUAUGCCAGAUCAUUUAGUUAGUGGUACUUAUGAACUAAAAGAUGUCACAGACAAGAGAGAGAAGAACAGAGAAAUGAAGAAAAUGAGGGAGAAGGGUUUUAUAUCAGCUAGGUUCAGAAACUGGCAGGCAUAUAUGCAGUAUUGUGUGCUGUGUGACAAAGAGUUUCUUGGCCACAGGAUCGUACGCCAUGCACAGACUCAUCUGAGCAGUGGAGUAUACAGUUGCCCUAUAUGUGCUCAAACCUUUUCCUCAAAAGAUUCAUUGAUUCCACAUGUAACAUCACAUGUUAAACGGUCAUGCAAGGAAAGGCUAACUGCACUGAAAACAAACAAGAAAUCGGCUAAUCUUAAAAUGGCCUGCCCAGUUUUUGCAGAUUUAAAGGCCAAGACAGAAAAUACACUAUAUAAUAAUAGUGCUUCCCUUAGGCAAAAUGGGGGGUUUGUUGAUAAUGUUCAGGCCAGAGUGGACAGAUGUAGCACAGAGAGAAGUGAAGAAAAUGUAUGCCCUAUUGGAAAAUGCAAAAGGAAUUUUAAAUUUUUCAAAAAUCUUAUCGCACAUGUUAAGGCCCAUGGGGACAAUGAGGAAGCAAAGACCUUCCUUGAAUUGCAGAGGAAAAAGGUUAUUUGCCAGUACUGUCGCCGCCACUUUGUUCAUGUCACACAUCUUAAUGAUCAUUUACAGGUCCACUGUGGUGUGAAGCCUUAUAUCUGUAUACAGUUGAACUGCAAGGCGAGUUUCUUGUCUAACACUGAACUCCUUAUCCACAGGAAAACACAUUCUGUUUUUAAGGCUAGAUGCAUGUUUCCCAGUUGUGGAAAGAUUUUCAAUGAGGCCUUCAGACUGUAUGAUCAUGAGUCACAACAUUAUAAUACUUUCACUUGUAAAGUUGUGGAGUGUGGAAUGGUAUUCCAUUCCCAAAAGCAGCUGGAUUUGCACCAAGAAGAGCAUGACACUGAAGAGGACAACACAGCUUCUGAACAGACUUCACAAAAUAUGCAGGCUGGCCCUUCACUCAUUGAACAAAUGCUUUUGAAUCACACUGCACAAUUACAAGAUAAUUCCCAAGAGAGCUGGAACACUGAGAAUGCAGUUAAUCCUGAUCAUGGAAUGCUGCCAUUGUCAAUUGAUAGUUUGCUGAAAUCUUCACAAGCACCCGUGGAAACCCUAGGAGAGCACAGAGUGGUUUCCCAACCACAGAGUGGUUUUUCAACCAAUCUGACACAGAGUCUACACCAUCCUGUGAUUGAGCCUUUGAAUUCACACAUUUCUGAUCCUCAUGGGCAUGGAGAACGUUCAGGUGCUCAUUGUUUUGAUUAUAUUACACCACCUCAGCAGAAUCAACCCAUACGUUUAUUUGAACAUAAUUUGGGUGACGUGCCACUUAGCUGUAAUACAGAUGUCUUACAGGGCCAGUCACAAAUGUUCCCUGGUAAUGUCAAUAAUGAAUCGGUCAGUUGCAACUCGGACUGCAACUUACCAUUUCCAGGACAGCAACAUCCAAUGUGUAUCAGCAGCCUGUUAACAGUAUCGCUGCCCCUAAACUCCAUAGAGCCAACAAUGUCACAACCACUUCUUCCAACAGUAACCUCUCAAUCACUUGCUGAGAAACAACCAGAGAACUCUGUGUCAUCCUCAUCUGCCACUGGUCCUGCUCCAGGAGAGAGGGAACGUUUUCAUUGUGCAUUUGAAAUGUGUACAAGGCACUACAGCUCAUACAGAAGUGUUACCAAGCAUAUGAAAACGGUUCACCCUGAUUUCUAUGAGCAAUGGAAAGUUGCGCGAACUAAAAUCAAGAUAACCCACCCUUCAGCACCAAGCACAUCAUCUGUUAGGCAUCUGGGUUCUGUUGCCUCACUUCAAAGUCAGAACAGCAACCAAGCACUGGCUCAUGGAGUUCAGAGGCAGAAUGUUAUCCAAUCACCUCCAUAUAUUGACCUUGGCACAAAGUAUACUACUCUGCUUUCCAGUUCUUCAUCUGCCCACAACCAGAAUUCUUCACUCCUGAUGGAAAAUGUGUUAAAUCCUAUUGUUCUAUCUCAACUAGGAAGUGAUACAAGUCCAAUAAUGAUGCAGUCCAAAGUUUUAGGUAGUCAAAGCUGGCACUCAGUCCUUGGAAGUGAACAAAUUCAAAGUAGUGGCUCUUCCACAGUUUAUCCAUCUAAUUUGCAAGUGAGGCCUCAAGUGAAUUCUAGCCGUGUGGCUCUACCACUUAAUAUCCCAACGUCCUCAAUGAUAAAAUCAACAAUUAACAGACCAGCUGAGUUCUUGCAGUCACUUCUUAUGGAAAAAGGGUCCCAGUCUGUUUCCCCCAUGUGCUUAGAUGGUGCAAAGGAAGUGUCACUGCAAGUGGAUGACAGUCCUUCAGCAUAUACAUCACAGAUGCAAAGCAGUUUAGUCUCAGGUUCCAAGGCAGCAAAUAAGUCGAUGCUAAAUCAUGCACAGUCCAACCCUCUUUCUCCAGACUCUGCAAGCCAGAAAAGCAUUCACAACCAACCCCAAAAUGGUAUUGUCAUCACUGAAAAUCAAAAACGAGCCAGAAGAAACAAAAGAACCAAAUGGCCUGCCAUUAUAAAGGAUGGAAAAUUUGUUUGCUGCAGGUGUUUUAGACAAUUCAAUAGUCCCAAAUCCCUCGGAGGCCACUUAUCAAAGCGUACAAUCUGCAAACCUUACGAAGAGGGGCAGCUGAACACAGAUAUGCCAACAUCAUUUCUCGACCUCCUUAAUUCCGAGCAAACGGUUAGCACUGCUCAGCCGCAGUUUUCUUAUAAUCAGGCUGCUCUGUAUCAAGUAAAGCCUCAUCAGUCAGUUACAAUGGCCACAAAAGAGUGCCCUACUACCAGUUAUCAACAAGAUAAUUUGACGACAUAUGGGAAUGGUGAGUCAAAUGAUGACAUUCUUAAACAAAUCAUGGCUGAAUCAAAAUUGUCUGAUCAUUUUGUUCACACACCUACUCCUCAGCCAUUGUUUCAAAACCCUUGUAUUAGCUUUGGAGCCAAUGAGCAUUUGCCAGAAAGCUCAGUCAUACUGCAUACAGAAAAUGCCCAGCUAAAGACUGAGGUGAGACAGGAGGUCAACUCUUAUAGUAUAGCUCAUUAUCCUCAGCCAACCAUUGAUACAUUUGGUGGAAGUGAAUUCCCUGACCCACUUCCUUCUACAAACCUCACAGAAAACCCGGCUCACUCUGGCGUUGUUCCCACAAACCAUGUAACUUCUGGGCCAACCCACAGUGAAUUCUAUAACUCUGGGACAACCAUUCAGUCACUAGAUACAGGCACAAACCCAAUAAUGCAAACAGAGUUAGCUGAUAGUCAGCUUAGUGGCAAGCAGGGUGAGACACAAAGGAAGACAACAGAGAAAAAUAUUAAAAAGAGACUACGAGAGCAGAUUCUUUCCGGUGACUUUCAACGUAGAAACAACACAUGUCUUUCAGACAAUACUGAUCCCAAUGACGAUACAAAGAAUCCCAUGUCUUCUGGUCAAAUGUGUAGCCCUUUCAAUGACUCUGUACUUGAUCAGAUUCCUUCUAAUGCAAAGAGUGACAUAGGACAAGUCAUACAAGAAAAGUCUGUAAUCGUCCCAGGACCCUCUGACAAAAUAAAACGACUGAACAUGCAAAGCUUUACUUAUUUCAGAGAGACCUCCACACUGCUACAGGAGGUAGUGAGCCCCACAGGAAUAUCUGACAAUGAUACAGAGCAGGAACCCAAGAUGUUAUCUGCCAGCCAGCAACUGUGGAUGGCAGAAAUUCAAAGUGCAUUUGAAAGGCUGAAUUUGGUCAAAGAAAUAUCUGAUCAGAUGUCAACUUCCAUGAAGCAAAAUACCACUACUGUCAACAGCCAGACAGGACUUGCAAUGGUCCCUUGGCAUAGCUUCACAUCGUCCCCCUAUGUUAAACCGUUUACUUGUGAGAAGGAAACGUGCACAUUUAGUUCAAUGUCAAGUGAAUCUCUGUGGAAACACCUUUCCAAAACUCACAACUACACACUUGAGAUGGUGAAUUUGGUGAAAAAAAGAUAUGGCCUAUAUGCUCCCUUCAAAUGCCAAAGGUGCAGUAAAACAUUCACUCGAAACUCAAACCUUCGCACUCACUAUCAUUCAGCUCACAACCUGUCAGCUAAAGAAAUUGCAGAUCUAGAUAUGAAGCGCAGGCUGGCAAAAGCAGGUGCAUCUGCUGCUAUUCAAAAGUGGCCUGUCGGUACCAACCAGGCCCCUGUGGCUCAAACCAAAGUGGUUACUGAUCCAGCAUUGGUGAACAGGGCUCAACUGUGUUCGCCCCAAGAUGUAGCAAAAUGUUAUUCAUCACUUGCAUUUUUACCACAUAUUAACAUGGACAAAACAAAACAGAAAUUUCAAAAUGACAACCGUUCAACGGUCAUUCAUCCCUUGCAAACAGCCCCUAUGCACAACCAAUCACCAUCUCCACAAGUACAGGCCCAGACCUCCACAGAACCUCAGCCUUUAAACAAACUAUCUAUCAACAGGCAGCCAAUGGUGAAGCCAAGCAUAGAUAUUAUGAAGAAGUCAAAAGAGAACAAGGCAAACUCAAAUGAUGCCAUGAGUUCAUACAGACCAUAUCGCUGCGUUCAUCAAGGCUGUUUGGCAGCCUUCACUAUCCAACAUAAUCUCAUCCUCCACUACAGAGCUGUUCAUCAGUCCUCUUUGUCAGCAUUGGAGGUGAACAAGGAGCAGGACCCAGGAGAUGGAUUUAAUGAAAUAAUGGAACAUGAUGAGGAUCUAGAGGCAGAGAUCGUCAAAAUUACUGAAUUCAGAUGCCAAGUCAAAGACUGCUCUAGAGUUUUCCAAGAGGUUCCCAACCUUUUGCAGCACUACCUUCAGCUGCAUGAAUUCAGUCUUGAUAAGGUUGGUGAUCUAUUUUCAAGCAUCAAGCUUGACAAGUUUACUUGUGGCCACCAAGAAUGCACAGCAUCCUUCACUACUUUCUGGAAGUAUGUUGGGCAUGUCAAAGAAAAGCACAAAGAUAUAAAGUUAGCCAAACCUGAAUUAAAUGGCUCAUUCAAGUGUGAAAUUGAAGGCUGCGACCGUUCAUAUGCAACAAAGUCAAACCUUCUAAGACAUGUCAUGAAAAAGCAUCAGGACUUGUACCAGCCAAAACUAAAAAUUCCACUGAUUAAAGAGGAUGGAGUGAAACAGAACUCAAAAACAUUGCAUCACCAAAUUACAAAGACAAGUAAUGGAAAAGAAAAUAUUGAGAGCAAUAAAAAGAUCCUACAGAAGGGGAGUGACAUAAAGAGAGUUGGCAAGUCAAAAGCCAAUCACUGGACAAAGUAUGGAAAACCCUCCUUGAAAUCUAAAGUGGAGGCAUCUGCAAUAUGCACUAAGAAAUUCCCUCUACAAUAUCCUUGUAUGAUCAAAGGUUGUGAGUCAGUCAUGAAAUCAGAGCGGGGUAUAUUGAAACAUUACAUGGGGCAUGGUCUGUCAGAGAAGUACCUGGAACAGCAAAGGAGUCACUUCAUAUUCUGCAAAAAGUUCCCCCGGCAGAAAUACCAGUCCAUCAGGAGUGACGACUCAAAAUCUGACAACACCUCGGAUAUGUCAGACAAUGAGCUGACAACAGAUGCUGGACUAAAGGAAGGAGAAUAUGGAUAUUCAAAGCCUGUCCUACGAAAAAGGACCACUGCAGAAAUCCCUACUGAAUUGUUAGAGAGCAAAUUAUCUAAUGAGGAAAGUUCCGAUAGUUCUGUGGUGAUCAAACGCAAACGAGGGCGUCCACGCAAACUGAUUGAAAAAAUAGUGAAACGCAAGAAAAUACCACGUACGACCAAGAUCAACAUAGUUUACAGCAAGGGCGAUGAAUCAGACUCAUCCGGCCCUGCAGUACUGCAAGAAGAGAUGGCUGAACAGAAUGCUCCACUGGCCUCCUUUAAACCUAUGGGAUUUGAAAUGUCGUUCUUAAAAUUUCUGGAACAGUCAAAUCAAUCUGAACAUGUCCUCAAGAGGAAGGCUGAUGUGCCACAAGCAUGGAGAAAAACAGCUGGUAUUAACACCAGUGACAUCUGUGUCAGGUUCAGUAAUCAUCAGAAUUUGAAAUCACUUAGUAAGGUUAAAAUAAUCAUAGAUGCUGCAUUUUCAAGUGUUUCAAACCUUCUGUUGAAACAGCUACAGACCAUGCAGACCACAGUGGUAUUAAAAAAAAUUGCCUAACUUUUGUUCUUUAAAGCAGAAUCUCAGGAAUUGAUUUGAGUACAAUUUGCUGCUACUGGAGCCCUACAUAUGAAAUGCUAUUUUACACAUCCAGUUAAAAGCAGUUGUUAAAAGUUACACUGUUUAAUCUUUACAGAUAGUCUUUUUUUAUAAAAAAUGUGUAUAGCAUGUUUUAUUUAUAGAUUGUUCAAAAAGAUUUUGCUGAGAAUGAAAGCCUUCUUUAGGUCUCUUAAUUAUCCCUGUGGGACUUCCAGACUUGAUUCUGUUGUUGUGUGUACUGUGUGAUUCAAAGAUGUUAAUUACUGUGUAUGUGUAUAUAUCUUGAAACGCCCCACUGCCACAAACAGUCUUACUAUUAAACUGGAUUUCUUUUUA